CGAACAUGCUAUAAGUUUACGAGUAGUUGAUGCACCAUUGAAAAUACGACACUGAACCUAUUUAAGGCGUUUUUACUGCGCGAUGCACGUAUAUUGAAAAACGGCCCUGCCUUUUAACAGACAGCUCAGCCUGCUCAGCGAUAUCGAAAAGGUGCGGAAUUGAAGCACCGCGUUUGUUAAUUUCAAAGAACGAUAGAUACUUGCGACAAUGGCGGCCAUCAGUCUGUUGAAUCCGAAAGCCGAAUUUGCCCGAGCGGCACAAGCGUUAGCGGUAAACAUCUCCGCUGCCAAAGGCAUUCAGGAUGUGAUGAAAACCAAUUUGGGUCCUAAGGGAACCAUGAAGAUGUUGGUUUCAGGAGCUAAAGAUAUCAAAAUUACCAAAGAUGGUAAUGUGCUUCUACAUGAAAUGCAAAUUCAACAUCCUACAGCGUCCUUGAUAGCUAGAGCAUCCACUGCUCAAGAUGAUAUGAGUGGUGAUGGUACCACUAGUACUGUGCUAGUUAUUGGUGAACUUUUGAAGCAAGCUGAUUUAUACAUAUGUGAAGGACUACAUCCCAGAGUGAUCACAGAAGGUUUUGACUUAGCUCGUGCUAAGACAUUAGAAAUCUUAGAUUCUUUGAAGAUCCCAAUAGAACCCAUUAAGCAGAAUCUAAUGGAUGUUGCAAGAACUUCACUUAGAACAAAGGUCCACCAUACUGUAGCUGAUAAGUUAACUGAGAUCUGCGUAGAUGCUGUAUUGGCUAUUAAGCAGCAGGAUCAAGAAAUAGAUUUGCACAUGGUCGAAUUAAUGGAGAUGCAACAUAGAACAGCAAUCGACACCACUCUGAUUCGUGGCAUAGUCACCGAUCAUGGAGCCAGACAUCCAGAUAUGCCAAAAAGACUAGAGAAUGCAUACAUUCUCACCUGCAAUGUGAGUCUGGAAUAUGAGAAAAGUGAGGUGAACAGUGGAUUCUUCUACAAGUCAGCCGACGAGCGCGAAAAAUUGGUAGCUGCUGAACGUGUGUUCAUCGAUAAUCGCGUGAAGAAGAUUGUCGAGUUGAAGAAGAAGCUGUGCGAUGGAACAGACAAGUCGUUCGUCGUGAUAAAUCAAAAAGGAAUCGACCCGCAAUCCCUCGACAUGCUCGCGAAGGAAAACAUCAUUGCUUUGCGUAGAGCCAAGCGCAGAAAUAUGGAGCGUUUGGCGCUCGCGUGUGGUGGUGUAGCCAUGAAUUCUGUGGAUGAUUUAAAAGAAGAACACUUAGGAUGGGCUGGCCUUGUAUAUGAACAUGUUCUGGGAGAGACUAAAUAUACUUUUAUAGAAGAGUGCAAAAAACCAAAUUCUGUCACCAUUCUGUUAAAGGGACCGAAUAAGCAUACGCUGAUACAAUUAAAAGAUGCUGUACGCGAUGGACUUAGGGCAGUAAAAAAUGCCAUUGACGAUCGCGCAGUCGUUCCUGGAGCUGGUGCUUUCGAGGUUGCAGCCAGUCAAACUCUUCAACAGUAUAAAGAGAAAGUUAAAGGAAAGCAACGUCUAGGAGUGCAGGCCUAUGCAGAGGCUUUACUCGUCAUUCCGAAGACUCUCGCUAUUAAUAGUGGAUUCGAUUCGCAAGAUACAAUUGUGAAAUUAUUUGAGGAAAGUACUACUUUAGGAGAGGCAGUAGGAUUGGAUCUAUCUACAGGAGAAGCUUUAAAACCUGCGGAUGUUGGGAUUUAUGAUAAUUACAAUGUGAAGAAACAAAUUAUCAAUUCUUGCACAAUUAUUGCCAGUAAUCUUCUUCUGGUCGACGAAAUAAUGAGGGCGGGAUUAUCUUCACUUAAAGGAUAAAUAUUGUGACGCAAUUUUUUCUUGUGGAACUGAGAAAUUUUAAGGACCAUUAAAUCUUUUUUCACACAAAGUUAAAUUACUAAAUUAUUAUUCAUUUUGCACUGUACCUGUUAACUGAAUUUGUCACUUAAUCUUGCUUUUAAUAUAACUGUUUAAUACAAUAAUUAAUACAUUCAAUGUUAAUAAAAUAAUGCUUUCGUAAGGAA